GAGACGCUCAGAGGGAGCCCAGCCAGCUCGGGCUGGUCCGGGCUGCGCUGGGCGGCCCGGAGGGAACGCGUCCCGGGUCACGCCGGCGCCCGCGAGCGGAGCGCGGCGGGGAACGCGCCAUGGACCCCAAGGCGGGUAGCGGCGAGGAGGAUGACUGCGUGGACUCGGGCGCAGAGACCGGAGGGUCUGACUACAGCCACAUGUCCUCCACCAGCAGUGAGCUCUCCGUGGAGGAAGCGCAGGACCCUUUCUUGGUCAGCGUCCACAUAAUUGCAGACCCAGGGGAAUCCCGACCCCUGCAGGAGGCCAUCGACAAGGUCUUGGCUUGGAUCCACCCAGACCUCCAGCUGUUCAGGGUCUCUGAGAGGAGGGCGUCCCGGCGGCGGAGGAAGGCCCCCAAGGUGGCGCAGCCAGCCCUGGCGGUGGUCCUCUUCCUGCAGGAGGAGUACGGCGAGGAGCAGAUCCUGCAGCUGCACCGCACGCUGCAGCGGCCGCCCUGGCGCCAUCACCACACGGAGCGCGUGCCUAGCAGGUUUCUGCCCUACCUGCCCUGCAGCCAGGAGUUCUUCACUCUGGCCCCGGGGACACCGCUGUGGGCCAUCCGGCCUGUGCACUACGGCAAGGAAAUCGUGCGCUUCACCAUCUACUGUCGCCAUGACAACUACGCCGACAUCCUCAAGUUCUACGAGCUGAUACUCAGGCGGAGCCCCAGCCAGAGGAAAACGGACUUCUGCAUCUUCCCCAUUUUCUCCAGUCUGGAUGUGGACAUCCAGUUCUCCCUGAAGAGACUGCCCUGUGACCAGACCCCGGUCCCCACUGAUUCCUCCGUGCUGGAGUUCCGAGUCAAGGACAUUGGCGAGCUGGUGCCUCUCUUGCCCAACCCCUGCAGGCCCAUCAGCGAGGGACGCUGGCAGACGGAGGACCACGAUGGGAACAAGAUCCUUCUGCAGGCACAGAGGGUACGCAGGAAGUGCCCUAAACCCAGCAGAGCUCACCACGCCUCAGAGCAGAAAGCUGGGUCCACGCCUUCUCCGAGUGCCGCUGCACAGAGCCAGACCCCUGGCAGUGGCCCGCAGCCCCCGAUGGACACUUCAGACCCGGGGUUCGGCCAGACAGGCCUGCCUACCCGGCAGCCGCAGGACUUGGCCAGACCAGCCGGCAGCCCUCCCAGCCUCCCCUGGCCUUUCCAGAGAAGCAAGUCCCUGUUUUGUUUGCCCACGGGAGACCCCUCCCUGGCCUCCUCAGCUGAACCACUGUGCUUUGCAAACACAGACGGCCCGGGACAGAGGGCGUCGGAGCGGAGGCACGGCCACCUCCUCUCCAUCGAUGACUUAGAGGGGGCCCAGGAGACGGACGUGGACACGGGGCUGCGGCUCUCCUCCUCCGACCUGUCCGUGGUCUCUGCAUACUCUGCACCCAGCAGGUUCUGCAGCCCCGUGGAGACACUGCUCCCCUCCGAAAGAUGCAGCAGCCUCUGGUCAGAGCGCAGGGCUUCCAGAGAAGGACCCCUGCCCGCUGGGGGCGGCGUGACCACAGAGGCCUCCUGGGCUGCCCUCCCUCUGUUCACCAAAGGGCCUUCCAGCUCCUCGGCCACAGCUGUCACCACUUCCCCAGCUUCCGACACCUCCUGGCUCCCAGAGUCACCCCCAGAACUCCCUUACGAUGCUCCCGACGCCCAGCAGACUGGCAGAGGCGUCCUGCCACCCUCAGUGCUGGCCGGAGGCGCGGACAACGACGUGGAGGAGGAAUUCUACAUCUGAACACACCCCACUCUUGUCUUUCAGACCCACAGGCUCAGGUGCCCCUGCCCCUCUGGGGUCUGCACGCCACCCGUGUUCUCGGCCCCGCGUCCCCAGGUCCUCCGGAAUCUAAUUAUCUGUCUCACGGGGUCAUUAUUAGCACGUUUGACACACCACCCGUCACCUGCAAGGUGGUGGGCUCAGUGGAAAUAUACUGGGAUUUUUAUGCAAAUAAAUUCUCAACAAACUUAAGGCAUAAAAUAUAUGUUUUGAAUACUCAGUUCCAUUUGAGAUAUGGUUUGGUGCACUUAUUUAAAUGCUUCAUAUAAUUAUUUGAAAUGGAAAGAAAACCUAGUCAGCUGGAGUUGAUUUCACAAUUUUUCAUGCUGGGAAGGAAAAACAAUUAAAGCCAAAAAACGUUGAAUGUGAGAAAGAUACCAAGUGACUUGUAUGAGAGAUUAGUGCGCAUAAUUCCACCUUACUGGAUUCUCCAUCUCUGUUUACCUUACCAGGGAGCAGUGGCCCUGAGAAUUUCCAGGUACCGUUACAGUGAAAGGAGUCACUGUAGUGCAUUUAUAAUACGAUUUUGAGUUCCCAAAACUAGAUCUGCACACAUCUUUCAAACACAUUCACUGUAACAGCUGGGGGUCUACAGAACUCCGCUAUCUAGAUUUGCCUGGAUCAAUGAGGAAGAAUCGUUCUCGGAGUUACAGAAUAGUAGGUUAUUAGACAUAGUGGGUAUUCUUAAGUUGCUUCAAUUUUUAAAACCACAAUCCAAGGGCUAUACAUACACAGAUCUGUGCAAAUGACAGGAACCAUAUUUUGUACUGCUUUCUCCAGUAAACAUGCAUCAUCACACACCCUUUUUCAUGUUUAAAUAAUUCAUAACACUUUUAACUGGCAUUUUGAUUGCACAGGUUAAUAAAUGCACUCCCCUCUUCUCCAAGCGGGAAGCUUUACACAGAAUGCUGUCGUGAACCAACACUGCUGCACGCGUGCAUAGGAGCCUUAAUUAAAGCUGGAGCUCUAACCUGACCUUGGCCUUACCCGCCACUGCCUGCUUCUGCCACAGCGUGAACAGUAUUUAAAUCUCACCUCUCUCCCACUCCAGUAAGGGUAUGUUUACAAUUCCAGCCUCUACAGUGCCAAGUGCUGGCGUCGGGGACAACGCCGAGCUGUCCCUAGUUGCUGUAUACCUUUGGGGAAGAGCACAGACUUGCCUGCCUUGCUUACGUCCCACUCUGGUGCUCCCUGCCUGAAUGACUCACGGCCCCGUUUACACCUCUCUGGAAGCGCCCACACCAGCCCAGACACAGCUUCAGAAUCCUCUUCAACACAGUCCUCCCGGCAGCCGUUACCAGCGAUCAGACUCGAGCUGAAGCCUCAAGUCUUUGCCAUCCCUGUAAUGAGAACCUUACCUCCUACCCCGAACAUCCCGCAUAUUCCAGGACUCCGAAUUACAAUAUUCUGCUCUGAUUUAAGUAAAUAAAAAUAUGGUCUUCUGGGA